CUGCACUCUUCCCUUGCAGUCAUUCCGAAGUCGUUGUUCAAAUCAGUUCGAACCACCAUUCAAAACCCAAUUGUCCAUAUUCUCUCUGAUGAUGCCGCGUGUAUAGCCUACAUUCGAUUGACUCAAUUUACGGACAAAACGGACGUGUUGUAUACUCAACAGACGGAGGAGACACGAGUCUGGGCACGUCGUCACGGCGUCUGGCAGAAUGUACAUGUCCAUCGAUCCUGUCUGAAUACUCCUGGUCAAUCGAAUAACCCCAGCGGGUCACUUAGUACUGCGGCAAGCAUAGCAUAUCCCCUAUAA